AAAACUCACUCCGCACGGCCAGGAAGCCGAACCUCGUCGACACACGCUGCCCGCCGGCCGCGGGGCGCGCGCGCAUGGCAUCGUGAGGCGCCGCGCUUGCGCUCCCCGCCCCGCGCCUCCCGCUCGACCAUGUCCGAGAAGCGCGCGUGCCCCCCGGUGAAGCGCGUGCAGAGCUUCACGCUCCACAAGAAAAUCGGCUCCGGCUCCUUCGGAGAGAUCUUCUCCGGCGUCAACGAGGGCGGGGAGGAGGUCGCCGUCAAGCUCGAGGCCGUGGAGACGCGCCACCCGCAGCUCCUCUACGAGAGCCGCGUCUACCGCGCGCUCGCGGGCUCGGCGGGCGUCCCGACGGUCCGCUGGUGCGGCGUCGAGGGCGACCACAACGCCAUGGUCAUGGAGCUGCUCGGCCCGUCGCUCGAGGACCUCUUCAACCAGUGCGGCCGCCGGUUCACGCUCAAGACCGUCCUGAGCGUCGCGGGCCAGCUCCUCGAGCGGCUCGAGGCCGUCCACGUGCGCCACUUCGUGCACCGCGACGUCAAGCCCGACAACUUCCUCGUCGGCCGCGGCGCCGUCGCGUCGCGCGUCGUCCACGCCAUCGACUUCGGGCUCGCGAAGAAGUACCGGGACCCGCGGAGCCACGAGCACAUCCCCUACCGCGAGAACAAGAACCUCACGGGCACCGCGCGCUACGCGUCGAUCAACACGCACGUCGGCAUCGAGCCCUCGCGCCGCGACGACCUCGAGUCGCUGGGCUACGUGCUCAUGUAUUUGGCGCGGGGGUCCCUGCCCUGGCAGGGCCUCAAGGCGGACACGAAGGCGAAGAAGUACGAGCGCAUCAAGAAGCGCAAAAUGGAGACGUCGGCGGCGACGCUCUGCGACGGCUUCGCGCCCGAGUUUCGCCGCUACUUCGAGUACUGCCGGAGCCUGCGCUUCGACGACCGGCCCGACUACGCCUACCUGCGCAAGCUCUUCCUCGACGUCUACAAGCGCGAGAAGUUCCGCGACGACAACUUGUUCGACUGGGACUUCCUGCCGCGGCGCGCGCCGCCCUGGGACGCGGCGCGCGGCGCGGACGCGCCGCCGCCGCCGCCCGCGCCGGCGGCGCGCCGCGGCGCGCCCAAGGCCAAGGAGGAGGCGCCGGCGGCCGCGCCGGGCGCGCCCGCGCGGCCCCGCGCCAAGGCCUCGCCCGAGAAGAAGCGCGGCGCCGCCGCGCCGCGCGACGGCGCGCCGGCGCCGCGCCGCGGCAAGUCGUCGCGCGGCGCGCCGGCGCCCGACGCCAAUAAGCCGCCGCGCGCCGCCGCGCCGGGGCCCCGGGCCCGCAAGCCCCGGGGCCGCGACGACGCCGCGGACCCGUCGUCCGAGAACGACGGCGGCCCGCGCCGGUCCACGCGCAAGAAGGAGUCCGUCGAGCGCUACGUCGCCAACUCGGCGACCGUCGACUGACCCCCCGUUUUCGCGCGGCCCUUUUUCGACCGCCGCGCUCGCUCGCGCCGCCCUCCCCCCGCGCCCCCGACCCGACGCCACGCCGGGGCGGGGGCGCGCGCUUAUCGUGUGUAGCUGCC